UCAUGCCGUGCUGAUGACGCACGCAGCGGACGUCCUGGGGAACCAUGACAGUCCGCACAGACUCAUGCUCUGAAUUCUAGCUGCCGACUCUCUCCUGCAGUGACCCCCGCGUCCCAGAGGAAGAAGCCGAGCCGAGGAGCGCGGUGAGCGGACACUUCAUCGCGGAGCUCGGCCCCGACGUUUUUAUUCGGCUUGAAUCGCAGCGGGGGACAGGAGGCGGUUUCCUCCCCGGACACGGCGACAGAGGUGCGGGGUUGCCAAACAACAAGCAUCAUUCAGUGUCAGCCAGCAGCGGCAGCAGCAGCAGCCGGAGAUCCCUGCUCUCUCUUCCCUCCGCUUAUUCCUGCUUCAUGGUCGCUGCUAAAACAACACACCGGUCGACAAUGUCUGCCAACAUCCUGCCUGAACGCCCCGUCUCCAUUCGUGAUUUGGUUUUUGACAUCUUGCAACAAAAGCACCUACCCAAAGCUGUCUGACUACUGGUGUCUGUGGGCGUCAGCUUCUCAAUCGUUCCACUUCCUGGCAUCUGCAGCCGUUCAAAACUCUUUCAUCUCUCAACAGUGGCGGGAUGCACUAAUGUUCAGAGACUUCUUUCAACAAGGGAAUCACAGGCCCUGCUGGAGUUAACUCGAGCUAAGUGCUGAACCCUUACCACCUCUAGCAAUGUUUCUCAGUGGACUCUAAACUCUGACCUUGCUGUGGAUAAAGACAGCAGAGAAAAAGUGAACCUCACACUCUAUCAUAGUCAUAAUCAAAGGCAAGAGCUUCAGCCUCAGGCCAGGCCCCCUUCCUUUUCACCACUCCCCCCAGUAUCAUGCUGGGUGCACUCCUGCGCAGAAACAUGUCACAGAGGUUGAGUUUGCUGCUGCUGCUAUUUGGCCUGGCGUGGGGUCUCAUGCUGCUGCGCUACACUGUGCAGCAGCCUCGACAUCAGAGCAGCGGCGAGCUACGCGAGCAGAUCCUGGAGCUCAGUCGGCGAUAUGUCAAGGUCCUGACGGAGGAGAACCAGAAUGCACUCGGUGGACCGCAGGGAACCUCCAUGGCUGGUUAUGCUGAUCUGAAGAGGACUAUAGCUGUGUUGCUGGAUGACAUCCUGACACGGCUGGUCAAACUGGAGGGGAAAAUCGAAUCUGUGGCCAAUGCCUCCUCUACAAACACUUCCCACACAGCAGGGGGCGUACUUGCCUCCAGCCACCCUGGGACGUCCCGCCUCCACCCACACAUCCCUAAUAGGCCUCGACCACAUCAAGGAGCAUAGCUUUGAUUGGCUGUAGAGUUUCUGUUUUUAGCACGUCACACUUUUCCAGCAUUUAUCACUGAUGUUACGGCAUCAGGCAAAUGAGAAGCAAUAGACAGACAUAUGGACAUCCAGAAAGGACUGCUCUUGGGAUGCUUAUCAGAAAUGUUCAGCCAGCUCAGAGGGAAGAGGGAGGACUUUUUCAUGCCCUGUCCUAUCAUAUGCUGAUAUUUAUAAUUUUUUUUACCAAGAUUAUCCAUUGCGUUUUUAUAUUUUAUUCGGUUAAAAUUUUUGAAUUUUUUUUAUAAUGCCAUAAAUUAGGCUAUUUAAGAGAUGUAAAACUCACACAGAAUUAAAAAGGAAUCAUGAAAGACGGCUUAAAACGCUCCUCUGUUUAUAUUAAAAUAUAAACAAAGAUUUUACAAUACUGCUUAAACGUAUCAAAAUGCUGAACUAAACAGUAUCAGUGGUCGUGAUAGUUAGGAAUGGCAAUAUUUCACUUAUUUGCUGGUGCAGUUCCUAAAUACUGUGUGAAGAGGAUUCUUCUUUUAGCUUAGACAUGUGGGGAUUUAUAAGGAUAAUGAAACUGUGUAAUUCAGCUGUUUGAGAUAAUCCAAAGAAUGUUAUUUGCACUCCAUCCGAAUGCAGUGUAAAUUUCAAUUUACAAGUGCUGCGAGACAAUGCUGGGUUAUUGCCGAAUACGAUCGUACGACGCCCAUCUGCGGCUGUAAACAUGAGUGUGUCUGUGAUUCGUCUCAGCUGUAAUCCAGUGGGUGAGAGAUGUUUUAAUUCACAUGCAAAACAGAUUGAUUGUACCAUGUGGUCCGUGUUUAGCCCUGUAGUGCUCUUAAGAUGACUGACCUACUGCUUUCACAUGUUCAGGGUUCAUGUUGCACUGUGACUCUAUAGAUGUUUUCUAAAAAUACUGGGCUCAUCAACUUUGACUUUAGGGAUAUUUUAAGUUCUGAAAUAUUCAUUAUUCCAGCUGCCCCCUGAGUAUGAUUUCUAAAAUACUGACAAACCACAGCUCACCCUGUCUUGCACAGCAGUAGAAAUGUCUUUUAAGUGCUUAUCAUGAUGCUCUUUAACAUGAUGACUUUGUUCUGCCACAAAGAAGAGCAAUACUUUCAUCAAUGAUACUUGAGGAUUGUAUGACGGAAAUCUAAAUAUGAAGAAAAUAUAAUUAAAACGUAAACUAAUUGUCGUGCUUCAUAUUUUUGCUGCCAUAUGUAAAUGUUAACAAUAUGUGUAUUUGUUGGCUGGUUUAUGUUUUUUUAUUGGUUUGACACUACGGAACAUAAUUGUUUGCUUCAUGAUAAGCCAGUCAGCUGCUUGAAGAUUGCUUUACUAAUAAAUUGACCUCAUGAAAACUGUUCCCCACCCAUUUAAAUCAAUGUUUAUGUUAGACCUUACACGUAAUACUGUGAUUACCAAAGAGGUAAUCUCCCAUGUGUCUUCAAGGUGUGUGA